UGAAUGGAAGAGACAAGAAUCAAAUAUAGGAAAGCUUCUAAAAGCUCUAGUGUUCUUUCCAUGUUAGCAAUUUAAAGGGCAGAUAAAACAUAAUCAAGUUUAUAAACAAUUGUGGGAAUAGUAAAUUCAAUGGUAGGAUCACUAUGUUUAGUAUUGCCAUUAGUAUUUUUGAAUUAUGGAGUGAUAUCUUGCACAAUAAUUAUGAUAAUAUUGGGAUUUGUAUAAUAUAAUACUUGCUCAUUGCUUAUAUUACAUCUGAAAGUUAAUGAAAUUGAUACUGAACAUAUGAUUAAGAGAAUUUUAGGAAAGCCUUGGAUGCAAGCUUUCAGAUUUUGUUCAGGCACUUUAUUGUUCAUAGUUGGGAUAAUAUACUUCUAAUUAAUAAAUUUAACACUUUACCCAAUAAUUACAUAUAUUUUGAGCUAUAAUGAUAUUGAAUUUGCAAAUGCUAGUGAAGAUUUCGUUUUUAAUAAGUAUUUAUAUGUAAAUUAUAGUAUUUAAGGUAUUCAAUUUAAUGGUAAGCCUUGAUAGUCUUUCUUCCACUAUCAACAUUGCUAUUAAUCAAGGAUAUUACAACAAUUGUUAAAAUAGCACAUUAUGGAGUAAUUGCAUUAUUUGCAUACGGAAUUUUUAUUAUUUAUAUUUUUAUAGUGAAUUUAUGUACUGAGGAUAUUUCACUAAAAAUAGAAACAAUAACUUUAUGGUCUUGGGAAUUUAGUUAACCUGCUGGAUAAUUUGCUUUAGCUUUUAUGAUACAUAAUGCUAUUGGAUAAUUAAUGAAAAAUAAUGAAAAGAGAGAAAACAAUUCUAGAGAUUUGGCAAUAGCUUAUAUUAUAGCAGGUAUGAUAUAUGGAAUUGUUGGAAUAUUUGGUUCAAUAGGGAUUCUGGUAAUGCAUAAAUGUGACUUAGGGUUAUGAUAAUAUUUAAGAUGCUUAAACAAUUUUAAAUUGUUUUAAGAACUCAGAUAUAGAGAUAAUUAUAAUAGAGAGUUUAUUUUUAGUUCAUCUAGUUACAGCAUUUCCAAUAUUCAAUAAUAUAAGCAAAUAUUAAAUAUUGGAAGUACUUUAUAAUAAGAGAGAACCACCAAAAAUUGUUUAUUGGGGCUUCAGUAUUAUAUUUAUGAUACUAUGUUUAACAAUCUAAAUUUUAAAUAUUCCAGUGGGUGUUGUGAUUUCCUUUGAUGGAGCUGUUUGUGGAUUCUUAUUGGUAUAUAUAGUUCCAAUAAGUUUGCAUUUGAAAUGUUAUUAGACUUAAAAUAGGAUAACAUUGAUAGGGGAUGAUGAUGAUGAAAUUGAGACUCAAAAUAAAUGUGUGAAUCAUAAAGAUAAGAAUUCAAUUCCAAUGUUUGUUAGAAUUGGAUUUUAUACUAUGAUGAUGGGAAUAGGAAUAUAUAAUUUAAUUGUAUAAUUUUAUGAUAUAUUUAAAUCCUGA